CGCCCGUGGUCUGUCGAAGAGGCACUGCCCAUUUCCCGAUCGCCGUCCUGCGCGAGCCGACGGACGCUUUAGCAAAGGAAUUUAUUAUUAUAAGAGAAAAAGAUGCGAUAUUUUAUAUGCGUAUGCACGGUAGCGAAACCUGACACUGACUGAAGAAAGACACGCCAGUACAGCCGAGUUCUAUUUUAAGUUCAUUCAUCAGCUCAGACCCCCACAUCUACAGUUUCUCCCUCUGGCCUUCGCCUACAGAUCCCACAGUGCACUGAGCCCCGCCCUUCCUGUUCACCAUGGCGACGGUGGUGAUGGAGCAGAUCGGCCGGCUGUUCAUCAACGUGCAGCAGCUGCGGCAGAUCCCGCGGCUGCUGGAGACCGCGUUUCCCACGCUGCCUUGCACCGUGAAGGCCGCCGACGUGCCCUGGGUGUUCCGCGAGCCGCACAUCCUGGCGGGGUACCGCCCGCCGGACCAGUCCUGGCGCUACUACGGCCUGACGCUCUUCCAGCGCCACAACGAGGCCGUCAACGUGUGGACCCACCUGCUGGCGGCGCUGGUGAUCCUGGUGAAGUUCCGGCAGCUGUCGGAGACGGUGGACUUCCUGCGGGACGCGCACGCGCUGCCGCUCUUCAUCGUGCUGCUGUCGGCCUUCACCUACCUCUCGUGCAGCGCGGCGGCCCACCUGCUGUCCGCCCGGUCCGAGCUCUCGCACUACACCUUCUUCUUCCUGGACUACGUGGGCGUGGCCGUGUACCAGUACGGCAGCGCCCUGGCGCACUACUACUACGCCAUCGAGGAGGACUGGCACGCCCGCGUGCGCGGCUGCUUCCUGCCGGCCGCCGCCUUCCUGGCCUGGCUGUCGUGCGCAGGCUGCUGCUACGGCAAGCUGGAGAGCCGGCGGCUGCCCAAGGCGGCGCACAAGCUGUUCCAGGUGGUGCCGUCGGGCCUGGCGUACUGCCUGGACAUCUCGCCCGUCCUGCACCGCAUCCACGCCUGCUCGCUGCGCGGCUGCGCCGACCCCGCCGUGGACUACCACCGCUGCCAGGUGCUCUUCUUCCUGGUGAGCGCCUACUUCUUCGCCUUCCCGCACCCCGAGCGCUGGUUCCCCGGGCGCUGCGACUUCAUUGGCCAGGGCCACCAGGUGUUCCACGUCUUCCUGGUGCUGUGCACGCUGGUGCAGAUCGAGGCCGUGCGGCUGGACUACGGCACGCGCCGCGCCCUCUACCAGCGUCUCCACGGCGACCUGGCGCACGACUCGGUGGCGCUGUUCGUCUUCACGGCCUGCUGCAGCGCGCUGACCGCCUUCUACAUGCGCCAACGCGUGCGCGCCCUGCUCAGAGACAAGGAGGAGUAGGGGUGUGUGUGUGUGUGUGUGUGUGUGUGUGAGUGUGUGUGCAUGCAUGUGUGUGAGUGUGAGAGAGUGAGAGUGUGUGUGUGUGUGUGUAUGAGUGUGUGUGUGUGUGUGUGUGU